AUGACGAUUUCGGCUGCGAAUUUCGAACUUCAUCUUCAUUGGACUACAUGCCUUCGUACAACGGUGUUGGACGAUGCGAUCGACGAACAACAGUCACCCUUGCCAUCACCAUCUCAAACUUCCAUCAACCAAGGUUCACAAAACGACAUCGAACGCACCGCAAAUCAAUUUACAUCGAUUGAAAGCCGAAUGGCUGCCAUCGAAUAA